ACCAACAAUCCCUAAGAUGUCGGAUCUACCGGUGGCGCGCCUUCAGCUAUACAAACCGGCCUUCUAUUCUUGCGGAAUGGACUGCUUUGGCCCCCUGUUAGUCAAAAUUGGAAGACGUACAGAGAAGCCCUGGGGCAUUGUCUUUAAAUGUCUGACCACUAGAGCUGUCCAUUUAGACCUACUCCCUAGCCUGAGUACCGACUCAUUCCUCAUGGCUUUAAGAAGGUUUGUUGCAAGGAGAGGAACGCAAGCAGAAUUAUGGUCAGAUCGAGGUACGAACUUCCGCGGGGGUGAAAGGGAGUUACGGGAAGCUUAUGCUGCUUUGGUUCCUGACGUACAGGAUCAUCUUGCCCGCCAGAGGAUCCACUUCCGCUUUAAUCCUCCAGCGGCCCCUCAUUUUGGUGGAGUUUGGGAGAGGGAAGUGAGAUCGGUUAAAUCUGCCUUAUACACAGUUUUGGGUGCACAGUCAGUACCAGAGGAAGUCUUAAUGACGGUCUUGCUGGAAGUGGAGGCCAUCCUUAAUUCAAAACCCUUAGGAUACGUGUCGUCAGACGUGGCAGAUGCUGACCCAGUAACUCCAAAUAGUCUCCUCAUGGGGCGGCCUGAUGGAUCUCUGCCGCAAGUCGUUUAUCCAGAAUCAGAGAUAUUAAGUCGCCGGCACUGGAGACAUUCUCAGGUCCUAGCGGACCGAUUCUGGUCCAGGUUCAUACGGGACUACCUCCCUAGCUUCCAAACCCGGCAGAAAUGGCAAACCUCUCCUCCCAGCCUAAAGGAACAGACAUUUGUUGUGAUUGUAGACCCCCAACUACCGCGAAGCUCAUGGCCUGUAGGACAAGUGAUCAAGACUCACCAAAGCCCAGAUGGUCAUAUCAGAUCAGCUGAUGUGUUGAUAAAGGGUCAAGUUUAUACCCGACCGGUAGCUCGCCUGGUCAUCUUGCCGGCCUUACCAAAGGAUGGACUUAAUGCCCCAACACUGACUAGUUAAGUCGCCUUUCAUGGAAGCAAAGAAGCUCCGACUCUUUGGGGGCGGCUGUAUUAAAGGCUCCUGUAAGAGGGACUCUUAUUAUGAAACCGGAAUUGUUAUAGUACGACGUUAGGGGGCAGUGUAGUUUGAUGAGCUGCCGCUGUUUGGUGUGUUCGUGUGAUCUGUCCAAGCCAUCAGCUGCAAGGAUGAUGCUUCCAGUUUAUUUGUGGAGAUUGUUGCAGAUUUAAUAUCAGGGUGUUAGUCACUGACCACAAAACUAUCUACGCCUUUGAUUGUACAUCUGUGGGCCUUCCUUUUUUCUACUAAUACAACAUUGAAAGCUAAUCACCUGCCUCCUCAUUAUUGGUGCUCUGACCGGCACCCAGGGGGGUUUACUCAUCCAUUACCUGAUCAGAAUCUAACAGUCCUAAAGUCUCUCCAACA